GGGCUGCGCGGCGGCGGCGCCGGGGGCUUCGGGAAGGAAGGCCGAGCGGGUCCGCCAUUGCCGCCGCGCCGAGCAGGGGGUCUCCGCGGGCCGCCGGCGCCAUGGGCCAGUGCGGCAUCACCUCGUCCAAGACCGUGCUGGUCUUCCUCAACCUCAUCUUCUGGGGUGCGGCUGGCAUUCUGUGCUACGUGGGAGCCUACGUCUUCAUCACCUAUGAUGACUACGAUCACUUCUUUGAAGACGUGUACACCCUCAUCCCAGCUGUGGUGAUCAUAGCGGUGGGAGCCCUGCUCUUCAUCAUCGGGCUGAUUGGCUGCUGUGCCACCAUCCGGGAGAGUCGCUGUGGACUUGCCACGUUUGUCAUCAUCCUGCUCUUGGUCUUUGUCACGGAAGUUGUGGUCGUGGUUUUGGGAUACGUUUACAGAGCAAAGGUGGAAAACGAGGUAGACCGCCGCAUUCAGAAAGUCUAUCAGUCCUACAAUGGCACCAGCCCCGACGCUGCCAGCCGGGCCAUCGACUACGUGCAGAGACAGCUGCACUGCUGCGGCAUUCACAACUAUUCCGACUGGGAAAACACAGAUUGGUUCAAAGAAACCAAAAACCAGAGCGUCCCCCUCAGCUGCUGCCGGGCGACAGCCACCAGCUGCAAUGGCAGUCUGGCGCAGCCUGCCGACCUCUACGCCGAGGGCUGUGAGGCUCUGGUGGUGAAGAAGCUCCAGGAGAUCAUGAUGCACGUCAUCUGGGCGGCGCUGGCCUUCGCAGCCAUUCAGCUGCUGGGCAUGCUGUGUGCCUGCAUCGUGCUGUGCAGAAGGAGUAGAGACCCUGCCUAUGAGCUCCUCAUCACUGGUGGGACCUACGCCUAGGAGAUGGCUCAGCCUCCGCCGUGCGGCCAUGGCCUCUGGCCUCGUCAGUCUGCUGGAGGACGCGUGCACUGGGGUGGGACAGAGCACUCGGCCUUCCUCAUCCUCACCCUCCCCGCACCCCCGACUUUCCUCCCCUUUGUCCUGACUCUCACGCCCUUGAGUUGGAAGUGUGGUGGCCAGUGCUCUGCUUGGAGAACUGUGACUGGCAGAGUGCAGUAGAAUUAAGGGAGGGCGUGGCCUGCUGUGACCUCCAGGCGGUGACGUGACUGACAGAGGCUGUCACACCCCUGGCUCUUUUCAUUCUUCACAGUGGAGAACUCUUGGCCAAAGCUUUUGGGGGAAGGGGGAGGAAGCCAGCUGUCUGGUUAAAAUUCUUUCCAGAUAGCGCCCCUCAAGGGUGUCCUUUUAAAAAAUAUAUACUGUAGUCCAAUAAGAUAGCAGCUGUACAAAAUGGCUAAUCUAGACGUUAGGAUCACACAGUGUGUAUCUUGGUUCAACUUCAGAAUUGCAGAGUGACCUUUGGAACUAGCGGUUUUAACCGGUGCUGCCUGGCGGUGGAGGGUGGGGCGUGCACAGCUGUCCUGGGGCUAGCGUGAGAGCAAGCUGCCCUGCGAGAUCCAGCCAUUCGUCGUAGUCUUACCUUGCUAGGAAUCAUAUGCCCGGGUAGACCAGCGGAGCAGGAUGGAGAUGUGUUCUCAGUUGUAAAUAGAAAACUCUAACUCAAUAAACUCCGUAUCAGCCCUCCA